AAGUAACCAUUAAUUCUCUCCUCUUCUGUCAUUUACAUGAUUAAUGCUUAUAAUAUUCACUCCCUCUCAUAAAUAAUUUUUCUGUCUCUCCUCUCUCCCCUUCUUCUUCACCUCUCUCUCUCUCUGCAGUUUUUUUCCUUUUAGUUCUUUGGUCACUACUUUUAUCUCUUCUCUCCCUCUUGUCAGAGAGACUUUGACCCAAGAACAUGCUAGUGGCAUUGGUCUUGCUGCUGCUGGCAUUGAGCAAUGAAGUGAGAGUGAAUGGUGAAAGAGGUGAUAGGCAAUGUGGGUUCAAUCCAUCACUUAAGCCAAGACCACAUAGUGUCUCCAUUUUGGAGUUUGGUGCAGUUGGUGAUGGUAAAACAUUGAACACCAUUGCAUUUCAGAAUGCCAUCUUCUAUCUCAAGUCGUUUGCUGAUAAAGGUGGUGCUCAGCUAUAUGUACCCCCUGGAACAUGGCUUACUCAAAGUUUCAAUCUCACUAGCCAUCUUACCCUCUUUUUGGAAAAAGGCGCAGUCAUUAUCGGAUCUCAGGAUCAUUAUAACUGGGAUGUUCUUGAUCCUUUACCAUCUUAUGGCCGAGGACUUGAAGUUCCUGGAGGAAGAUAUCAGAGCUUGAUAAAUGGAUACAUGUUACAGGAUGUGGUCAUAACAGGUAAUAAUGGAACCAUUGAUGGCAUGGGAUCAACUUGGUGGGAAUCAUUUAGCUCUCAUUCCUUGAACUACAGCCGUCCUCAUCUGGUUGAAUUAGUGGCAUCUACUGAUGUGGUAGUAUCAAAUCUGACAUUCUUGAAUGCCCCUGCAUAUAACAUUCACCCAGUUUAUUGCAGAAAUGUACAUAUUCAUAAUAUUUCAAUCUUUGCUCCUCCAGAAUCUCCUUAUACUGUUGGCAUAGUACCAGAUUCUUCUGAUCAUGUUUGCAUAGAGGAUUGUACAAUUGCCACCGGCUAUGAUGCAAUUGCCCUAAAAAGCGGUUGGGAUGAGUAUGGAAUUGCCUACGGUAGGCCUACCGAGAAUGUACACAUCAGAAGGGUGCAUCUACAAGCAUCUUAUGGCUCUACUCUUGCAUUUGGUAGUGACAUGUCAGGUGGAAUUUCAAAUGUCUUUGUAGAACAUGUUCAUCUCUACAACUCAAAAGGUGGGAUUGAGUUCAGAACUAUUAGAGGAAGAGGUGGUUAUAUGAAGGACAUAAUUUUAUCAGACAUAGAAAUGAAGAAUAUAUAUAGAGCAAUAUCAGCCACAGGUUACUGUGGUUCUCAUCCUGAUGACAAAUUUGAUCCUAAUGCUUUACCGCUUUUGGAUCACUUUAUUUUUCAAGAUAUAAUUGGAACAAAUAUCACAAUUGCUGGAAGCUUUGCUGGACUACAAGAAUCUCCAUUCACCAACAUAUGCUUAUCCAAUAUAACCCUGUCUGUAAAUUAUGCUUCCUCCACUAGCUGGGAAUGUUCAAAUGUAUCUGGAUUUUCAGAUUCUGUUCUCCCUAUACCUUGUCCUGAUCUUGAUAGCCCUUCAAAUUAUUCCUCAUCUUGUCUCUCCAAGUUGAGUAUGAAAGGGAAAAUUGCGGGGUCCGGCUCGGUGUCGAUGUAAAGGUGAAUAGCUUGUAUCUAAAAAAUCAGAUUAAGUCAUUGAAAAAAAAGUCAAAUUCAUUCCAAUAAGACAUUAAUUUGGAUUAUUCAUUAUUUCAGAUUUUCAUUCUUGCAUGCUGCAAAUAGCACAUUUUUUGUACAGGUUUAUUUCUUCAUUCAUGUGUAAUGAAAUUUUGGUUAUGUCCACAGAAGGACUCAA